CCAACAUCCACCACUCUAUCAACAACAACUGCACCAACAUCCACCACUCUAUCAACAACAACUGCACCAACAUCUAGCACUCUACCAACAACUUCUGCACCAACAUCAACUGCACCAACAACAACUGUACCAACAUCUAUCACUCUAUCAACAACAACUGCACAAGCCUCAACAUCAACUGCAACAUUUUCCACAACAUCAACAUCAACUGCACCAACAUCCACAACUCUAUCAACAACAACUGCACCAACUUCUAGCACUCUACCAACAACUUCUGCACCAACAUCAACUGCACCAACACAAACUGUACCAACAUCUAUCACUCUAUCAACAACUGAUGCACCAACCUCAACAACUGUACAAAAAUCCAGCACUGUAUCAACAAAUGCACCAACAUCAACAUCAACUGCACCAACAUCUACCACUCCAUCCACAACUACUGCAACAACAUCAACUGUACCAACAUCUACUACUCUGUCAACAACAACUGCACCAGCCUCAACAUUAACUGCAACGUUUUCCACACCAUCAACAACAACUGCACCAACAUCCAACACUCUACCAAAAACUGCCGCACUAACCUCAACAUCAGCAGCACCAACCUCAACAUUAACUGCACCAAUAUCUACCACUCUAUCAACAAUAUCAACUGUGCCAGCAUUGACAUCAACUGGAUCAACAGCUCAAACUACAUCAGCUGCUUCAACAUUCAAAUCAACUACAUUAACAUCUACAACUCGAACAGCAACACCAACAUUUACAUUUAAUCUGACAACAACCCAACUUGUGUCUACAACUCAACAAGCAAGUCAAUCGACACCCUCAUCGCCAGAUGCUGUCCUGCAAAAUAUGACAGCAGUUGCAUACAUAAGUUUAAAAUUGAGAUCUUCGGUUGAGCUGAGCAAUGAGGAAAUCAUUACAUAUAUUGAAAAGAUUACAUAA